GCGCAGCCCGGCGCCCUUCGCCAUGUCCUCUACGCGCCCGCCUCAGGCCCUCGGCGCCGCGCAUGCGCCCGGCGGUGCCCGGCUGCGCCGCCAUGUCGGGGGCGCUGAGGAAGACCACUGGGCUCGUAGGAUUGGCUGUAGCUGAAAAUCCUCAUGAGCGCCUGCGAAUACUGUACGCUAAAAUCCUUGGUGUUCUGCAAAACAUUCCCAAAGAUGCAGCGUAUAGGAAAUACACUGAGCAGAUUGUAAAUCAGCGGCUUAAUUUGGUGCAAACAGAAACUGAUGUGCAGAAACUACAAGACAAACUGAAUAGUGGUCAAAUAGAAGAAGUCAUUGUACAGGCUGAAAAUGAGCUUUCCCUGUCAAGAAAAAUGUUACAGUGGAAACCAUGGGAGCCUCUAGUUGAAGAACCGCCUUCUAACCAGUGGAGAUGGCCAAUAUAAUAUUCAAAUGGUGUAACUUCUUGAAAUUCAAAAAUGUUAAAUGAUCUAUUGUUACUGACAGUUAACCUUUAAAUUAAAAUUACUUCA